GUGGCGAGAGCAGGACCGAGACAGAAGCUGCGGCGACCUUGGAAGUGACGAGGGGCGUUGCCGCUACAGCGCCCGUACCAGCGCCUACUGCGUGAGCUUUGAGCGUUCUUUCAUCCCAUCUUCUUCUUUCGUCCAGAAGAGAGGAAUUGGAAAGGCUGAGAAGAAGCUCUUCUAUAGCACGAGCACGAAAUCGAAACCAACGAGGCCGCAAGGAACAGGCCCGGGAGAGGGACUAGCUGGUGUGAAGCUCAGCAGGAUGGCGUCAGACGAGGACUACAUGGCGUUUCUGGAUAAGGCGAAUAGGGAUCCCAAUGAGGGGACAGCGAAGACGCAGGGGAAGGGGAAGGUGGAGUUGAAGGCUCUGGAUCAGGGCGUUACGAUCCCGGCGGCGCUGAAGAAGGCUACGAGUGAUGCUUUCUAUGUUAGCGAUGCGGAUGAGCCGUUUGUGCCGGUUUGUCUGAAGUUUGAGGGGAAGAAGCUGCCGGAUGAGGCUACCUUUGCGAAGUUGGUCAACCACCCAAGUCCUGAUGAUGCGGAGGUACAGAUUAUGGAUAUUGGAGAGUGGGAUACACAAGGACAAUACAAGGAAAUUGUUGAUGCCACGAGGGAUGCUACAAAGGGGAGUGAUGUUAGGGUCUACAGGAUCGGUAGAGAGGGCUCGAGAGCUGAGUAUUGGGUCGUUGGCAUUGGGAGUGGGAAGCUCAUUGGGGCCAAGGCUUUAGCUGUUGAGAGCUAGAUUGCUCAUGGGAGGCAUGGCAACAUUGUGCAAAUUGGGAUAUUCAGAAGCCACGUAGGCUUAGAUUGCAACGAAGGCCAUCGUUCAUGACGGAAUAGUCUGUAUUAUACAUGAGAUGCGAAAUGAAUGCCAAUAAAAGCCAACAAAGGACAUGGAAAACCUAGAGAAAUUGAAC